AUGGGUCCGGAUCUCGUCGGCCAAGCGAACCUGUCCCGCACUCUGCGGUGCUACAAUUGUGGUCUGGGGGGUCAUUUUGCUGAUGACUGCAAAAACACUCGAGUCUCACCGAACCAGGUCGUCGUAGCAUCCAUCGCACAGUACUUCGACAUUGGUCCGAGCGGUCAUGAAGCCGACGAGGUCGUCAAGCUCGAGUCGGAUGAUCAACCUGUACGUCCUCUCGUUGCUUCGUCGCAUCUCGGGACUUUGGAAGGCUCACGCGGAGAUUUAGUGAGUUCGUUCCGAGCUCUUUUGAUCGAGUGCCUGUCCUCGCCCCUCGAUCAACAGGCGCGUGAUGAGACUCGCGAUGCUCCCGUGGUUCGAACACCUCGCACGGCUAAGGCCACGGGGCGUGGGGCACGCAUCGAACGUUCGCAUCGACGACGAUCGUCCUUCGUUGCCUCUGAUGCCGGCCCUCCUCCCACCUCCUUCGGUGGCCCUCGGGCCCUGUUGGCGUCCACUGUCGGCAUCCCUUCGGAUAAGGAACUCGAACACUUUGUCGAUGUCGGCGCAAUCUCCCUGCUGGAAGAACAGAAGCUAGCUGAUGAACCUCCUUCUGCCACAGGCAACGCUGAACCACGUAUCCUGCGAGUCAAGAACGUUCUUCUGUGGACGACGCCAAGUGGUCGUACCUUGCGAUGCCUGUUGGAUUCAGGAGCCGAGAUCGACGUCAUCGACAGUCGCAUUGUUAAAGCUGAGUCCUCCUUCGUGCUCUCGAGUUUGAUGGCUCCCCUACAUUUGCGCUUGGGAACUGGAGACGCCACCGAUCGACUAUCGCUGUUCGCCACAGCACCCUUUGCAUCGGGUGCCCUGGACCUCGGAUUACGCCCCUUCUUUGUUGGCAUGGUGUCCGGGUACGACACCAUCUUGGGCUUGCCCUUCCUGGCCGACUCGGGCAUGCUCGUCGGGGCUCAUCAGUAUGCCAUCCAUCGGGACCGUUCCAACCCGCGACCACUACCUCGCAUGCUCCCAUCCCCAGUCUGGAGCCAAUCCGUGGGGAACAGCGGUACGCUCACUCUACCCCUGGCAAGCGACGUCGGAGGGAUGACGUCGUCUACACGCGUUGGUACGGUGGGGGGAUUUCAGGAAGUGUCGGCUGUUGCGGCGGCAGUCGACAAGGGAGCAACCGAGGAGGGGAGUCGGUCGAAAGGCUCGCAGGAAAUCAAGUGUAACGGACUUAAUUCCCAAACGAUUGACAAGAAGAGGAGGGGCAACAAAAGAGAAGAGCGGACCAAGCUCCCGGGGAAAGGUGGUAAAACUAAAGGGAAGGGACUGUGCCAGGCCCAGAGGGGACUUAGCAAAUCAACCACUCCAAGAGGUCGCCUCAGGGGUAAAAAGGAUUGCUCACGGGAGCACCGGUAAAAACCCUGAAGCCGCGCCUCGGCUAACAAAAGAUCAAACAAACCGAAAGAAGACUGCGGUCUGGGCACCUCGAACCCGCGACCACCGAGUGCGCGCCCGCGCGCCCACAAAGGAUUUUUUUUUUAUUUUACUGGGGCUCAUAAAUUGCAAUCCUUCGGGUUGGCUGGGACCGCUAGAAAAAGAGCUAAAAGAGGUUAUAAAGCAACGACGGCAAGCAAUUGGGUGAAAGUCAAACCCCUGCGCGCAAAGAGCGCUGCGCAGAUCAAAACCCGCCGAGCACCUAACGCGGACUCCAACGGGCGGUGA